AUGGCGACAGCCCAGAGUGCGGAGAGCGAGCUGUCGAGCUCCUCCGAGAUAAUUCUAACGUACCCAUCGCCGGGGGUGAGGGGUGCCCUGGAGAUUAGGACGAGGGACUUGGAUAGACUGCUUCCAGGCGCAUGCCUUAAUGACACUAUAAUUGAAUUUGGUUCCAAGACCAUCUUUCACGAAGUUCUGAGUGAAGAACUGGGCCGCGCCACUCAUCUCUUCGGUCCUCAUUUUUAUGCCUGUCUUACCGGGGGUCUCGGCGCUUCGGCUCUUGAGCGAGUGAGUAGGUGGACGCGUUCAGUGGACGUCUUCACAAAGGACUACAUAGUCGUCCCGGUCAACGUCAGCAACCAUUGGAUUCUGGCAAUCAUUUGCUUUGCGGGACGCGCCCUCCCACAUGAACAGCCACCGCACGAAAGUCCCAACGCUUACAUGCUCGUCUUCGACUCGCUGAGAGGGUACAUCAAAAACUUGGAGGAAAUAGCGAGGAAUUUACGCGGCUACCUCUCAGAGGAGUGGAAGAGGAAACGGGAAUCCGUUCUUGUGUUCACAGAAGCGAACACGCCGCUGUACGUUCCGCAAACGCCGCAGCAGACGAACAACACGGACUGCGGCGUGUAUGUUCUGAUGAAUAUGGAAGCUUUCUUCCGCAACGCGCCCAAGCACGGCGAACCUGUCGAAAUGAGCCGCAACCUCUUUUCAUCGGAAGACGUGGCACUAAAGCGGACGACCAUGAGGCAGCUCAUUAUUCAGUUACACGAGAAACAACAUCCCGGGUCCGACUUACUUUCCGAGUGGCGUGUGAGGGCUGCAGGCACUGAGCUCCAACACGAGACCCCCGAGACUGCGAGCGCAGAGCUUCGUCCUGCUGACGUCGUGCGUCGCAGCAUCCGCAGGAGAACCCCGGCGAAAAUGUGCCAUCUGCCGUGCUGCGGCUGA